AGCUGAAGAUCAGUGUGCUUGUGCUGGUUUUCCGAUGAAGUACAUCCUGGUAACCGGUGGUGUCAUCUCAGGCAUUGGCAAAGGGAUCAUUGCAAGCAGCAUUGGCACCAUACUGAAGUCAUGUGGUCUACGUGUCACUGCAAUCAAAAUUGAUCCUUACAUAAACAUAGAUGCUGGAACAUUUUCACCAUAUGAACAUGGUGAAGUUUUUGUAUUGAAUGAUGGUGGAGAAGUUGACUUAGAUUUGGGAAAUUAUGAGAGAUUUUUGGACAUCAAUCUCUACAAAGAUAACAACAUCACCACUGGAAAGAUAUAUCAGCAUGUCAUUAAUAAAGAAAGACAUGGUGAUUACCUGGGAAAAACCGUUCAAGUUGUUCCACACAUCACUGAUGCAGUUCAGGAAUGGGUAAUGAAUCAGGCAAAAGUUCCGGUGGAUGAUGACAGAAGAGAGCCCCAAAUUUGCGUAAUUGAGCUGGGUGGAACCAUUGGAGAUAUUGAAGGAAUGCCAUUUAUUGAAGCGUUUAGACAGUUUCAGUUCAAAGCAAAAAGAGAGAACUUCUGUAAUAUCCAUGUUAGUCUCGUACCACAGCCUAAUGCCACUGGUGAACAGAAGACAAAACCAACACAGAACAGUGUUCGAGCACUGAGGGGUCUAGGCUUGUCUCCAGAUUUGAUUGUCUGCAGAAGUGCAAAACCGAUAGAAAUGGCAGUGAAGGAAAAGAUUUCCAUGUUUUGCCAUGUGGAGCCUGAGCAGGUGAUAUUUAUCCAUGAUGUUUCUUCCACUUAUCGAGUACCAAUCCUGUUGGAGCAGCAAGGCAUCAUUAAGUAUUUUAAACAGAGGUUAAAUUUGCCUAUUGAUGACCAGCCAAGUGAUCUUCUAAUGAAAUGGAAGAAAAUGGCUGACAGGUAUGAAAGGUUGCUGAAGGUGUGUUCCAUAGCUCUCGUUGGCAAGUAUACAAAACUAAGUGAUUGCUAUGCAUCUGUCUUCAAGGCUCUGGAACACUCUGCCCUGGCAAUUAAUCACAAACUGGAUUUAAUGUACAUAGAUUCAACAGAGCUUGAACGUUCUACAGAAGCGGAGAAUUCAGUGAAAUAUCACCAGGCAUGGCACAAACUGUGCAAAGCAGAUGGCAUUCUGGUCCCAGGAGGGUUUGGAAUUAGGGGAACAGAAGGCAAACUCCAAGCUAUCUCCUGGGCAAGAACAAAGAAAAAACCUUUUCUUGGAGUUUGCCUGGGAAUGCAGUUAGCAGUUGUGGAAUUUGCAAGAAACUGUUUAAAUUGGAAAGAUGCAAACUCUACAGAAUUUGACCCAGACACAAAAAACCCUGUUGUCAUUGACAUGCCAGAACACAAUCCUGGAGAUAUGGGUGGAACAAUGAGACUGGGGAAGAGGAGGACUGUUUUCAAAACACAAAAUUCUCUUUUAAGGAAACUUUAUGGUGACGAAAUGUUUGUAGAGGAGCGACACAGGCAUCGAUAUGAGGUGAACCCAGAAUUGACUCACUGCUUUGAAGAGAAAGGUUUGAAAUUUGUUGGCCAUGAUACGGAAGGGAACAGAAUGGAAAUUAUUGAACUGGAAAAUCACCCAUAUUUUGUGGGAGUUCAGUUCCACCCAGAGUUUUCCUCAAGACCUAUGAAACCUUCUCCUCCGUACCUUGGACUGUUGCUAGCAGCCACUGGGACACUCAAUGCGUACCUGCAACGUGGAUGUAAAUUGUCUCCAAGUGACAGCUACAGUGACCUCAGCGAUGACAACUCUCCAGCGAAAGAGUUCCCUAAUUCAGAAAUGAGCUGAAAUGAUUGUGUGAGAUCACAGAAAUGGAUGAUGCUAUUGAGAAAGUUGGGAACAGGACAGUAUUGAAUAGAAGAAAGCAGAAGAGUAAGCUGCUUAUGGUCCUCGUAGCAUCUUCUCCUACACUGUGUUCAACAAUUCUUUUUACAGAUGACAAUAUUACUCUUCUGUAUAAACGCUGUUUCUCUUUUAAAAUGACAAAAUGGUUGUGCACCUUAGCUGUUAAUCAAUAUUGAUCUUGUCCUAUAUUUCAGAAUGAUCUCAGGUGAAUAUGUAUUAAUUCACUAGUUCACA